AGCUACGUUAUCCAGUGUUAUCCGUUAGCAUUCCCAACCAGACGUCUCUUUUGUAACAACCUAGCUUCUAGCCUGUUUGUGUUUAUCAGUACGUUAAAUGUUUUCAUAUUCGAUCACGUUAGCUGUAGAUAGAAAGUUGGUGUUAUAAAUAGCUAGCCAGAUCGUGCAUGAAGGUGUGAUUUUAAACAUCUAACGCUAACGUUUAGUGAAUAAGCCAAUGCCAGGUAGCAACGUUAACUUUCACUUGAAAUGAAAUGAAACUAUCAUUAGAUAACGUUAGUGUAACGUGCCCGUUAACGUUCGCGUUAGAUGGAUCCCAUGGUCAUUAGAUAUGACUGUGGUAAAGGCUGCAAGUUAUCGGGUUUCUGAACAAAGGUAAGAGCUGAGUCUUCACCUAGGACAAGCAACAAGUGGACUACAGCAUGGCCCGGAAAAACAUCCCUAAAGAUACGUCGGGUGUCGUUUUUGACACUCAUUCCAAAAUGGUGAUGUCCCAGGGAGGAACAUUUGAUCGGAUGAAGGAGAAGAUAAACGCUGUGCGUGCGGUGGUCCCCAACAAGAGCAACAACGAGAUUGCCCUGGUGCUGCAGCACUUUGAGAACUGCGUGGACCGCGCUGUGCACGCGUUUGUGGAAGGAAGUGCUGUGGAGAUCCUGAAGGAAUGGAAUGUCACUGGGAAAAAAAAGCCCAAAAAAAAGAAGAAGCCUAAACCCCAGGUCAAGGAGGCAGACCCCGAGCCUGAGCCCACCCCAUCUGAGUCCACCCUGCUUCCCGAGGUGCCCGACGCGCACAACGGUUUCCAUGCCAACGGUUCGCUGGCCGCUGAGGGUGAGUCUCUGGACUCCCUGAGCGAGCAGCUAGACUCUGUGUCACUGGACGCCGAGCUGGAUUCCGAGCCCGCCACGCCAGACCUGCCCGACCUCACAGCACCUGAAGCAGAGCAACAUUCUUUAAGCCCUGGACUCCAUCAACAUGGUUCCCGUAGCAACAAGUCGCGUCCCAGACCUGGUUCCAGCUCCAGCUCCUCUCACCCAAAUGACCACACAGGUGCAUCUGGUGCCAAAAAAAUUGCUUCCAAUAUCGACCGCUCAGUGAAGGACCUGCAGAGGUGCACGGCGUCUCUGACGCGCUACCGCGUACUGGUGAAGGAUGAGAUGGACACCUCCAUCAAGCGCAUGAAGCAGACGUUUGCGGAGCUUCAGAGCUGUCUAAUGGACAGAGAGGUGGCACUGUUGGGUGAGAUGGAUAAAGUGAAAGCUGAAGCCAUGGCUAUUCUGGAUGGCAGGCAGAAGCGAGCAGAAGAACUCCGACGCUUGACCGAUAAGUCAGCCUCCAUGUCUGAAGACCAGCUAAGCGAACUUCGCGCAGACAUAAAGCACUUUGUUAGCGAGCGCAAGUAUGACGAGGAUUUGGGGAAAGCUGUGAAGUUCACCUACGAACUGGAGCCCCUCAAGGCCAACAUCACGUCUUUUGGAGAUGUGUACCACCCUCAGACGGGCUAUUCCAGCCGCUCUCGCUGUAGCUCCUCCUCCUCCUCCCUGAUUGGCCCAGCAGUGUCGGCUCCGUCAGCAGCUUCUGCUAGCGCCCCCCAGACCCAGGCUCCGCCCCCCGGAGGUCGCCCCAACCAGCCGCACAGACAGGUUUACCAGGGUAACAGGCGCGGAGGUCAGCGGUUUAAUGGCUCCUACCACGACAGGAACCCUGGGCGUGGUGGCUAUCGUUACCAAGGAGAUCGGUACCAGGGUGAACGCUACCAUGGCGACCGCCAUCACGGCGACGGCACUAACUCUGCCCACAGCCGGGGCCCGGCCUACUCUUCCUCUUACAGUCGUCACGAUGGUCCAGCUCAUCCAACUCCUCCAGCUCUUCCAGCUCAUCCAGCUCAUAACGGCCUUCCUCAGAGGCCCCCCCGAACCCACUGCCCCUGACACACGCACACCGUGCACGGUCAUAGCACAUAGCCUCCCGCCUCGCCCUCCCACCACCCCCAAGCCUGGCCAUCUUGUACACUCACACACACACACACACACACGCACACACACCA